GGAAGCCGAGAGAGCUGUAGAGUUAGUAUUGCAGAAAGCGUGAGUUUCCUGUCUACCUGGCACGCCUGAUCUCGGUCGCACUCCUUGCUCCACCUCAAGUAGCCUUGAGUAGAAGCACGGAGGUGAGGCCGCCUGGAGGCGGGGCGACAGGGUCGUCUUCCUGGAGCUGCUCCGGGCAGUGGGCGAGGGAAGCCGUCGUGGAGGUCCAGGAUGGCGGAACCGGCGUCCGGACGCGUGUGGACCUCACAGGGAAAACAAAUGGAAGACCUGUCUGAUGCAGCUGUUUUGGCGACUAGACUUAAAAACACUCUCAUCCAAUACCACAGCCUUGAAGAUGAAAAGUGGCGAGUUGCUAAGAAAAUGAAAGAUGUAACAAUUUGGAGGAAACCUUCAGAAGAAUUUAAUGGAUAUCUCUUCAAAGCCCAAGGUGUUAUAGACGAUGUCAUCAAUAGUGUAAUAGACCAUAUACGCCCAGGUCCCUGUCGCUUGGAUUGGGACAGCUUAAUGACCUCAUUGGAUAUUUUGGAGUACUUUGAAGAGAAUUGCUGUGUGAUGCGUUAUACUACUGCUGGUCAGCUUUGGAAUAUAAUUUCCCCAAGAGAGUUUGUUGACUUCUCCUAUACUGUGGACUAUAAAGAAGGGCUUUUAUCCUGUGGGGUAAGUCUUGACUGGAGUGAAAAGAGAUCAGAAUUUGUUCGUGGAUACAACCAUCCCUGUGGUUGGUUUUGUGUUCCUCUUAAAGACAGUCCAAACCGGAGUCUUUUGACAGGCUAUAUUCAGACGGAUCUGCGUGGAAUGAUUCCCCAGUCUGCAGUAGAUACAGCCAUGGCAAGCACUUUAAUCAACUUCUAUGGUGAUUUACAAAAAGCCUUACAAAAGGCAUAAUAUGUUUAAAUUUAUAGUAUUAUAUUCCCUGAAUCAACUCUCUCUCUUAGCUGCAUGGCCUGUAAAAAUCAUCCUUUCCUGUCUUCUGCAUAGCCUGUAGAAAAUUUUGAGAUGUUUUUGGUUUAUUUUAUUCCUAAAGUAAAUAGCUAUCUAGUGUGGGCAUUUCAGUUUUCCUAAACAGUUAUUUGCACAUUGUUUGGUAUGGUGAUAUGUCUAGGAAUGGAGAGUAUGACAGAAAUCCACCAAGAAGUAGAUAUAGUUCUUUGACACAAAUUCCUAAGAAAUUGAAUAGUGCCUCAGUAUGAAUAUUUUGGCUACUUAGAAAUUAGAGAAAGCCACGCUUCAUGCUGGUAGGUUAAAAUCACCUAUUUUAGAGCUUUAUGAACAUUCUGUAAAAGUUUUAAUUUUGGGAGGAGUUAAAUAUUAAUGCGUCUCGUAUGCUCUGAGUUCAACAAUAUCUUGGACUAAAGAAGAAAAGCUCUUCUCUAUACUUGAUAAAGAUGAACUUCAUUGUCAGUUGACUUGUACUACUUUACCUAUUGAAAAUAUCAGAAAUAAGAAAAGAAUAGGUAUCAUAGUAAAAUGUAACUCAGUUUUGAUACCUGGAUAGCAUUAUUUUAUAGAUAUCUUUAAAAAUAUAUUCAUAUCUUUAUGGGCUUUUAUUUGGGGAGUCUUAAAAGCAUUUAUGAAUGAUUAAGACAGUGUGAAAAACUGCCAGAUAUGUGCUGGGACACCACAUUGAUUGGACAGUAUUCUGGGUUAUGUGAAAUGGGUGGUGUUAUCCAAUACUGACCAAUAGAGAAUCAUCUCUCUAGAAAGUCAAAUUCAGUGAAUGUUUUAUACAUGUUUGAGUUUUAAAUGUGUCACUCAACUCAUAAAGUAUAACUACGUCAUAAGCAUUCACAAUUGUGAUGUAACUUCAGUCUGGAACUAGAACAGAUGCAUUCAUAGAUUUAUCUAAAUGCCAGGAUGAGUCAUUUUAUAACUAGAAUGGACUAUAAUAUGUCCCUCGAUUCUGUGGCUGCAUUAAAUGAACAUUCCUAAAUGAUUUUAACAUUCCACAUGGUCUUUGGCUUUUGAACUAUCCACCUAGUUUACAUCUAAGAUGAGAACUUGAGGGAACUCAGGGUCCGUGCAAAUUUUUGUCUGUAUUUAUAUUUGUGUACAUGCACACAUCUUGAAAUCUGUUCCAGUGUUCAAUGUGAGUUAUUCAUGUGUUAUUAUUACUGUUCCCACUGUUUCAUUUUCUCUUCUUUUUUUUUUUGGUUAAUAUGGGGUAAAGAGAGCUCUGGAAAUAGUAUUUAUUAGAUAGGCCACAAAAAGCACAAAACUGUAUAGUGGUUCAAUUGCAUGAAGGUGUGAUCUGUGUUUUACUUUCCUGUGUUUUCCUGAGUGUAAAGAAAGCAUAAGUCAUAGUUCUUCAGACACAUUUUGCUAAAGUAGAAAAAGUAGAGCUGACUUAUUUUUAUUUUUUUGGUAUGGAGAUGAUGUUCAAAAAAAGCAAAAGGUGGCAGCACCAUAAUAUCCAUAGUGAAUAAUCUCACAAAUUUUAGAUUGAAAAUAGUUUGUUUCAAGGUAUGAUAGAAGCAAUGCACAAACGAUCCUAUGUUCUUAACUUGAAAUUUAUUAAUCACCAAUAUGUUUUUCCAAAUUGACUAUAAUUUUUGAGCUGCUGGAUUUCUCUGCUACUUUUUUUUUUUUUUUUUUUUUUUGUGGUACGAGGGCCUCUCACUGCUGUGGCCUCUCCCGUUGCGGAGCACAGGCUCUGGACGCGCAGGCUCAGCGGCCAUGGCUCACGGGCCAUGUGUCCUCUGCAUCGGCAGGCGGACUCUCAACCACUGCGCCACCAGGGAAGCCCUCUCUGCUACUUUUUUUUUUCUUGCAAUAGGGAAAGAGAAAUGAGCAGUUUAGCUUUCAGUUUUGCAGGGAAAUUGUUAAAUGUUAAUUUUGACUCAAUCUAUUGUCUUUUAUUUGGUUUUAUUAGUGUAGAGCAGGAGGUUUCUUACAUUCCAGUAUUCAGUCUAGCAUGGCAAAAUACCAGCAGAUGUCCAAUUAUAGGGUGCCGAGAUUGGGUAAGUUUGCAACAAGAUGUACAUUAUUAUAAGGGCUAUUAUUGCCUGAGCUGGGUGCCACUAAUAAACUGUCCACUUUCAGCUACUCUGUGUUCCCUUUGUUUUUUGUAACUUAUACCUCCAACUAGUGAUGACAUAAUCCACUGUUGAAUGAGGACCCAUUGCAGGUAACAAGACCCUCAUGGAAAAAUUUUCAUUGCAAUGUUGAGCCAUAUGAUGGAUUGAAGAAUUAUAUUUGAAUUACCUGAAAUGUAUAUGCAGCUUCUAGAUGGCACUUUAAAUCUGCUGGGCUCUAGCUGCGUACUUAAAAAAAAAAAACAACACAGCUUUAUUGAGGUAUAAUUUCCAAUGCUAUACAAUUUACCAGUUGUAAGUAUACAAUCCAUUGAUUUUUGAAUACAUUUAUAGUUGUGCAGCCAUCACAACAGUCCAAUUUUAGAAUAGUUCUAUCACCCAAAAGAUCCCUUUUGCGUGUUUGCUGAGUCAUACAUAACCAAAGUUUAGCACAGUUGCUAGUAUACAGAAGAUGAUGGAAAAGAUUAGAGCACGUUUUGUUUGGUUUUGUUUUCAAGAGUAGAGGUGUAUUUGAUUCUAAGCUCAGGAAUCUUGUGAUAAUGUAUUAAAUAUGUUAUGUCAAAUAUCAUAAUGCUAUGAAAUUUAACAAUGUGGAUUGGGAUUAAUAUUAACAUGUAAUAGAGUCUGCUGUUUAUAUAGCAGUGCUGUAGAAUAGAAAAAUAAUGUGAGCCAUAUAUGUAAUUUAAAAUUUUCUAGCAGCAGCAUUAAAAAAAUUAAA